GUGAUGAGUGCUCAAGGUAACUCAUUGACCUUCCUUCUAUAGAUUCUUUAGCAGUUAUUCUCGUUCUCAGUUCAGUCCUAUCCCCACGCCGGAUAACUUCCAAAAGGAAGAGCGAUAUAAUCACCGGAAAUUUUCUGAAUAUGAGGAUUUCAUCUAUUCUCAAAUGCGUUUAUGUAAGGAAUUAUUAUAGAAGCUUCAUAUUGUCAAGAGCGAUAUUUGGGAUUAAGGGUUCAAUAGACAGAGAUCAGAGGUAUAUGUUUUAUAGCACGAAAAGUGAAUGUCUGAAAAUCUCGGAGGAAGCACCCCAACAUUUUUCCAAGAAGAUGAAGAGAGAAGCCAAGGCUGCUCUGUUAGAGUACCUGCAUUCCACUAGAGGAUUGCAGUAUUCGGAUGCAGAUCACAUUAGUGGGAACUCCCCAGUUUUUCUUAAUAAUUUGAUGAACAAGGUGAACAGUGAGAGCCGUAGUGCAGGGUCUGUAUCUCGGUAUUUGAGGUACCACCCCAUUAAUGAGUUUGAGCCCUUCUUUGAGAGCAUGGGGUUGCACCCGUCCGAGCACUCUCUGUUUCUCCCAUCAAAGUUGAUAUUCUUGAGUGAUGAUCAGGCUCUGAUUCAGAACUACCGCGUCUUCUGUAGUUUCGGGUUUGCGCGGAAUAAGAUAGGGAAAAUUUACAAAGAAGCUCCUGAGAUUUUCACGUAUGGUCAAGGAGUAUUGGAAUCUAAACUAAAUGAGUUUUCCAAGAUUGGGUUCGACCAACUUUCUGUGGUUGAGCUUGUUCAUAAUAAUCCUCGUCUUUUGAAGGGGAAUAUAGACAGAGAGUUCUUAAGAUUCCUGGAGAAUUUGAAGAGUUUUGGAAUUGAGCAAGACUGCAUUUUUCAGCAAUUUGUUAAAGAAAACUCAUAUGAAUGGAACUGUUUAUCCCAAGCCUUACUCUUGUUCAGGAAGUUGGGUUUCAGCAAAGAGCAACUGGGUAAAGUAAUAAGUGAAAAUCCAGGGCUCUUGUUUGAGGGAUCUGGUCGUAAUGUAGUUUCAAUUAUGGGAUUCUUGUGGAAAUUUGGAUGCGAUCAGAAUAAGAUAUAUAUGACGUUUGUUCAUUUCCCACAAGUUCAAACUGGGAUGUUUCUUCAGAACUUAAGGAAUUGUUAUCAUCUUUUCAUUCAAAUAGAUAUGCCUGUACAUGAGAUUGGGAAUAUGUUUAGCUCACACACUUUGCUUCUGGGUUCAUGUUCUUUAAAGAAAGUAAGUAGCUUGCUUAAUUGUUUAAAUACUGGGAAGAAGAAGCUACGUAAGAUGAUCUUAGAGGACCCACAUGUUUUGAAGAAAUGGGUUCUCGGGAAAAAAGUUGAACCGCUUCCAACAACAGAAGAGAUAAAAAAAUCAAUAGCCAUGAAAAACGAAUUUGUAUUAGGUUUGGGUUUUCAUGAAAACAAGAGUGGAAUAGAAAAAGCUAUUAAAGCUUAUCGAGGCAAAGGGUUGGAGCUGCAAGAGAGGUUUGACUGCUUUGUUAAUGCUGGUUUGGAUCCAAAAGACGUCUUCACAAUAAUUAAACGUCAUCCUAAUGUUCUCAACCAAACCAAAGAGAGGAUUGAAGCAAAGAUUGAUUUUCUUGUGAACACCUUAGGAUAUCCAAUCUCUAGUUUGAUUACUUUUCCAUCAUACACUGCAUUCAACACUCAGAGAGUCAAGCUUAGGAUCCAUAUGUAUAAUUGGCUGAAAAUUCAAGGGGGAGUGGAUCUUAACUUGUCUUUACAGAGUAUUAUAGCUUGUUCUGAGAAAUAUUUUGUGAGUAAGUAUGUCAAUCUGCAUCCUGAAGGCCAUAGCGUUUGGGAAAAGUUGAAGAACGGCUUUAUACCUAUAUGAUCAAACUGCAGUAAUUGUGAGAAUCAUUUGAAGAUCAUUUGAGAUGCACCAAUUUCUUAGCAAGUGUAAAUUGUCUGACACACGAGGCUUUCAAUUGUAUAGUUUACACUGCAUGCCCAGUUGGAAGAAGCCCAGAAUCCGACAAACAUAUAAGGAGAGGCAUCAUAGAGGGGCGUAUACGGAAUAAAUCUUUGCAUAGGGAAGCAGGGAAGAUUCCCUUGGUGUAGAACUGUGAACACGCAAUGUGAAAGUGCACGCAGAUCGUCCCGUGGAUGAAAACUUACGGGAGACCAGCCUUUGACUGCAUCGGGGACGCUGGUAAAGUCGUUUUACUUUUAGGUAAAAAGGUUUUACCCAUCCCUUAUAAAACUCAGACUCAUUAGGGUAUGCAUCAUAUAAGUUUUGUAGUGUUAUUUUCCUUUUCCAUGUAUCAGAAGAUCAUAUAUUGAAAUUUAAAUUCAGUGUCUUAGAGUCUACUUCUGUACAAAAUUUUAAUGUAAUUUUAAAGAUAUGCUCAUUCCCUCCAUACACUAGAGGCUGACAUUUACACUAUAGGUUGCCAAUAUGUGGCGGUAUGGAGGGAGUAAAAGUUUUAAGAAUGU